UGAUGCAGAUUGGAACCGGACUCUGGGACAAAUCACAACAAAAUACGAAAUGGAAACUAAACCCUGCUCCAUGUGCCUACGGCCGAAAGCCCCGCUAAGCAAUUGUGGAAAAAACGACCGAGAAGUGGAAGAACUUCUGGGGCACUUCGAGGUGCCAGCAGAUUCAUUCCGAGGUAGCCAAUUCUGUCCGGAUUGCCUCAAGCUGCUCGCUCUCACCCACCAGAUCAGCGUGAAAGUUCGCAAGCGCAAACAGCCACAGGAAGAGCAAGGUAAGCCACCGGUGGUGGUUCCCGGAAGACGACCCUCGAACGAGGCAAAGCAGCAGUCGCUAGCGAAGAGGAUGUGCUUGGCACAGGCUGCUCGUGGCGGUCUCAAGGGACAGAAGUGUGAUACUAGUGAUGCCAGUGCUACCGGGAGUGACGACAAACAUGAAAGUGAAAGCGAGUCGGCGGCGGGGAACGAUGUGCCCGUCAGCCAUUCCGACGAUGAGGAGUACCGUAAUGAGGGCGGCAAAUGCUCCAGCAGCUUCCGUUCGAGAACUCGAACGUUGUGAGAUGGAGGUUACACUUUUAUACGGUUAAGCAAAACCUAAUUUGACAUACAUCAUUGGAAUAAAUAUGUAGAAGCAUAAU